GAAAUAUUUCUCAUAACCACAAAUUUUAGUCCUGUUUCUUGUUAUGGUUUUGUGGAAAUUUGAUUUUUAAUUUAUUUUAUAUAAAAUGAAUAUAUGUUUGGGAAAAACUAUUCAUAACAGCUUGAAGUUAGAACUUUCUUUAGCAAGGCAACUUCAUACAACUUCGGUAUGUAAUAAAGUUCAAGCUGGACGUUACAAGAUAACUUCCAAAAAAACUUUUCCUUUAACAUACGAAAUGGCUAAUCCUCCACAUCAAAUAGCUCAUAGAAAGGCAUGGAAUUCAUGGAAUACAGCAAACGUUCUGGAUGGCCACAGGCCUUCGGAGACAGCCGUGGAAGAUCAGUUUAUAAGAAUGUUUAUAACGGGGACAUGGCAUGCCUUAUUUGCCAGUGAAGUUAUAAUUAAAAGGCAGCACAAUAUUAUUAGGAUAGCCGGUUUAGUUAAUGGCUCUGUACUUCCAAGAAAAAUGUACUUUUUAAUUGGAUAUACUGAAGAAUUCUUAAGCUUUUGGUUACAGUGCCCAGUCAAAAUGGAGUUACAAGUUAUAGCAAACAAAAAAGAUGCAGUUUUUAAAUAUAUUUAAGACAGUUUAUGAUUCAGUGUAUAUAUUUGUGUAAGGAAGUGUACUUUUAAGAAGUUAGUUAGUAAAUGGAAUAUCAGGAUAUUUA